CACCCUCUGUGUCUUUCUCUUUGUUUCUCUCUCUUCUUCAUCUCCUUCUCUCUUACGCGUCGUAGUUUUAUGACCACAUUAAGGACCAGCCAGGUUGCAGAUGAGAUUUGGCUUGUGAAGGAAUCAAUUUACUAGCACGCCUUCUACUACUCUUUUCUCUUCUUUUGUUAUAUGUAAUAUUUUUUGCUAUUUGAAAGUACAUUUUUUCCCCAUACAUUUUGGUUUUUUUUUGCUUCUAUGUGGGGUUUGGAUGCCCUUCAUGGGUAUUGAACAGACUCGCCUGAAGCGAAAACAUGGAUCUUUAGACGGGUUGGGGCCUUCAGACUCGUUAAAGAUCGAAUUUUGAGUAGGAUUUUCUUGAUUUGAAGAGUUUGGUUUGUAGAUUUGGAGAAAAGUUUAUCUUUGGCUAGUUAUGGCCACGGGUAGACUUGUUGCUGGGUCUCACAAUAGGAACGAGUUUGUGUUGAUCAAUGCUGAUGAAAAUGCACGGAUAAAGUCUGUGCAAGAAUUGAGUGGACAAAAAUGUCACAUUUGUGGAGAUGACAUUGAGAUUACAGUGGAUGGAGAGCUAUUUGUUGCCUGCAACGAAUGUGCAUUCCCCGUUUGUAGGCCUUGCUAUGAGUAUGAAAGAAGAGAAGGAAACCAAGCUUGCCCUCAGUGUAAAACCAGAUACAAGCGUCUUAAAGGUAGCCCUCGGGUUGAGGGUGAUGAAGAAGAAGAUGACAUUGAUGAUAUCGACAAUGAAUUUGAGUAUGGAAACUAUGAUGCCUUGGGCCCACAUCAAGUCAAUGAAGGAAUGCUCCCUGCCCGCCAUGGUUCACAAUAUCAUUCUUCUGCAAUCCCGGAACGUGAAUCCUCUCCCCCUGGUUCUGAAAUCCCUCUCUUGACCUAUGGCGAGGAGGAUUCUGAGAUUUCUUCUGGUCGUCAUGCUCUUAUUGUACCACCAUUUAUGGGUCAUGGAAACAGAGUCCAUCCAAUGCCUUAUUCUGAUUCAUCCACACCUUUGCAACCCAGACCAAUGGUUCCUAAGAAAGAUAUUGCAGUAUAUGGAUAUGGAAGUGUAGCCUGGAAGGAUCGGAUGGAAGAUUGGAAGAAGAAGCAGAAUGAUAAACUUCAAGUAGUAAAGCAUCAGGGAGGCAAUGAUGGCGGAGACUUUGGAGAUGAGCUAGAUGAUCCAGAGUUACCAAUGAUGGAUGAAGGCAGACAGCCACUGUCAAGGAAGAUGCCAAUCUCUUCUAGCAAGAUAAGCCCAUACAGAUUGCUCAUAGUACUCCGUCUUGUAAUCCUGGGCUUAUUUUUUCAUUAUAGACUUCUACAUCCUGUUAACGAUGCAUAUGGCUUAUGGUUGACAUCAGUUAUUUGUGAAAUAUGGUUUGGUGUAUCAUGGAUUCUUGAUCAGUUUCCCAAAUGGUAUCCUAUACAUCGAGAAACAUACCUUGAUCGGUUAUCACUGAGGUAUGAAAAAGAAGGAAAGCCAUCUGAACUAGCUAAUAUAGAUGUAUUUGUUAGUACAGUGGACCCUCUGAAAGAACCUCCCCUCAUCACUGCAAAUACAGUUUUAUCAAUUCUUGCUGUUGAUUAUCCAGUCGAUAAGGUUGCAUGCUAUGUCUCUGACGAUGGUGCUGCCAUGCUUACUUUUGAAGCACUCUCCGAGACAUCAGAAUUUGCUAGAAAAUGGGUUCCCUUCUGUAAGAAAUAUAAUAUUGAGCCUAGGGCCCCAGAAUGGUAUUUCUCUCAGAAAAUGGACUAUCUGAAAAAUAAAGUUCAACCAGCAUUUGUUAGGGAAAGACGAGCAAUGAAGAGAGACUAUGAAGAAUUUAAAGUCAGAAUAAAUGCAUUAGUAGCCACUGCACAAAAGGUUCCCGAGGACGGGUGGACAAUGCAGGAUGGGACUCCAUGGCCUGGGAACAAUGUGCGGGACCAUCCUGGCAUGAUUCAGGUCUUCCUUGGUAAUAAUGGUGUUCGUGAUCUUGAAGGAAAUGAGUUACCUCGUUUAGUUUAUGUGUCUCGUGAGAAGAGACCUGGCUUUGAUCACCACAAAAAGGCUGGUGCCAUGAAUGCUUUGAUGCGAGUUUCAGCAGUUAUUUCAAAUGCUCCUUAUCUACUCAAUGUUGAUUGUGAUCACUACAUCAACAACAGCAAGGCACUUAGAGAAGCAAUGUGCUUCAUGAUGGACCCUACAUCAGGAAAGAAAGUCUGCUAUGUCCAGUUCCCUCAAAGAUUUGAUGGGAUUGAUCGUCAUGAUCGAUACUCAAAUCGGAAUGUUGUGUUCUUUGAUAUCAACAUGAAAGGAUUAGAUGGUAUACAAGGACCAAUAUACGUCGGAACUGGGUGUGUUUUCAGAAGGCAAGCACUUUAUGGAUAUGAUGCACCUACCAAAAAGAAGCGGCCAAGUAGGACCUGCAAUUGUUGGCCAAGAUGGUGCUGCCUGUGUUUUGGUUCUAGAAAGAAAAAGAACACAAAAACAAAGAAAGAGAAAAAGAAACCAAAACACAGGGAAGCAUCCAAGCAGAUUCACGCUCUUGAAAAUAUUGAAGAGGGAAUUGGAGAAUUGAAUCCUGAAAAGGCAUCCAAUAUGUCGCAAGUGACAUUGGAGAAGAAGUUUGGGCAGUCUCCUGUGUUUAUAGCAUCCGCAAUUCUAGAGAAUGGUGGAGUUCCUCACAAUGUUAGCCCUGCAUCUCUACUAAAAGAAGCCAUUCAAGUCAUCAGCUGUGGUUACGAGGAUAAAACAGAAUGGGGAAAAGAAGUUGGAUGGAUAUAUGGUUCAGUUACUGAGGAUAUUCUGACUGGAUUCAAAAUGCACUGCCAUGGCUGGCGGUCUGUAUACUGCAUGCCCAAAAGACCCGCAUUCAAGGGUUCAGCUCCGAUUAACCUCUCAGAUCGUCUGCACCAAGUUCUUCGUUGGGCACUUGGAUCAGUUGAGAUCUUCUUGAGUAAACAUUGUCCAAUUUGGUAUGGCUAUGGAGGUGGAUUAAAGUGGUUGGAACGCUUCUCUUAUAUAAACUCGGUUGUAUAUCCUUGGACCUCCCUUCCGUUGCUUGUCUACUGUUCUUUGCCUGCCAUCUGUCUACUCACUGGGAAAUUUAUUGUCCCCGAGAUCAGCAACUAUGCAAGCAUUCUUUUCAUGGCUCUCUUCAUAUCUAUAGCAGCAACUGGUAUCCUUGAGAUGCAGUGGGGUGGAGUCAGGAUUGAUGACUGGUGGAGAAAUGAGCAGUUCUGGGUGAUUGGAGGUGUCUCAUCACAUCUCUUUGCUCUUUUCCAGGGUCUGCUCAAAGUUUUGGCUGGUGUCAACACAAACUUCACGGUCACCUCAAAGGCUGCCGAUGAUGGAGAGUUCUCAGAGCUGUACAUCUUCAAAUGGACAUCACUCUUGAUCCCUCCCAUAACCCUGUUGAUAGUAAACCUAGUUGGUGUUGUGGUUGGGAUUUCUGAUGCCAUCAAUAAUGGUUAUGAUUCAUGGGGUCCACUCUUUGGUAGGCUAUUUUUUGCUCUCUGGGUCAUCAUCCACUUGUACCCCUUCCUCAAAGGUAUGCUUGGAAAACAAGACAGAAUACCCACAAUUAUUGUGGUCUGGUCCAUUCUUCUGGCCUCAAUCUUAACUCUCAUGUGGGUGAGAAUAAAUCCAUUUGUUUCAAAAGAUGGCCCUGUCUUGGAAAUCUGUGGUCUAAACUGUGAUUAGGAUACACAUUAAAAUAAAAGAAGCCUAGGUUUGUUCCAGUCUCUGUUCUUCAUUCUGUGUUGCAGAAGCGAUUCGUUCCUCUAACUUUGAGAUGUUUCACUCCAUUCCAGAUGGGAGGGACUAAGAAAUUUUUGUGGGUUUAAUUAUAUAUAGUAUGGGGGUGUAGAUAAAGAGGGGUUGGGGGGAUGAUACAUUGCUAUUUGUUUUAUUAAUUCUUUUAUUUUUGUUUCUGUGGGGUCUUUGUAGGGUUUUGCUUUGUUUUGUUGAUCUUGUUAGAUUCUGUAUCUUAGGACAACAUUGGAUUAUUAUUUAUUCCCUUAGUCUUAAAAAAAAUAGGGGCUACAUACGGGUGUCUCAAGAAAUCAGAAUUGGUUCUUGUUCAUCAAUGUACUGGUAUCUGCAUACCACUCAUUCGAACUUAUUUUGCCAUAAAUGUGUUACUUCUAAUUUUAAAAAAUAGAACUUAUGGGAUCUACUUUGUUUCUUU